AUGGAGACAAGGAGGUUGUUGAAAACAGUGGGGGUCGCAGCGUUGAUGGAAAGGGGAGCCCACAAGACUCCAGACAUCAACGAUGACCGCAACAGUGACUAUGACGGCCACAGUAGCUACUACGAUGACCGCUGUAGCGACUACGACGACCACAGAAGCGACUAUGAUGACCACCGCAGCGACUACAACGACCGCCGCAGCGACUACGACGACCACAGAAGCGACUAUGAUGACCGCAGAAGCGACUAUGAUGACCGCAGAAGCGACUAUGAUGACCGCCAUAGCAACUACGCCGAUCGACACAGCAAGCACAGUGACCGCUAUGAGCGCUACGAUGAUGACCGCCGCUUUCAUGAGCAGCGUUACAAUGAACGCAGAGAUCCUCGCUCUGAUGAUGACCGCUAUGAUGAUCGUGACAGACCCUAGAGGAACUGGAAUGAGGUGACCA